AGCCUGCACCCAAGCGGCCACGCACUGCUCGCGAGGCCGGAAACCAGCUAACUCUGUCGCUCCCGGGGCUCCUUCCCAGCAGGGACACGAGGCGGCCGGAGGGUUAACCACGGGGACAGCCACUGCCUGGAGCACAGAAUCAGCUGGAGAAAGAACACAUCUCCCUACACCAUGGCAGGGAAGAAGGUGCUGAUCGUGUACGCCCACCAGGAGCCCAAGUCUUUCAACGGGUCCCUGAAGAGAGUGGCCGUGGAGGAGCUGAGCAAGCAGGGCUGCACGGUCACUGUGUCCGACCUCUACGCCAUGGACUUCGAGCCCCGGGCCACGAGGAAAGACAUCACCGGGGCCGUCUCUAACCCCGAGGUCUUCAGUUAUGCAGUGGAAGUCUACGAGGCUUACAAGCAGAGGUCUCUGAGCAGUGACAUCAUUGAGGAGCAGAAGAAGGUCCAGGAGGCAGACCUGGUGAUAUUCCAGUUCCCACUGUACUGGUUCAGUGUGCCAGCCAUCCUGAAGGGCUGGAUGGACAGGGUGCUGUGCCAGGGGUUUGCCUUCGACUUCCCAGAAAUCUACGAUUCUGGUCUUCUCAAGGGUAAAUUAGCCCUUCUCUCCCUGACCACGGGCAGCACAGCCGAGAUGUACUCGAAAGCCGGGAUCAGCGGUGAUUUCCGGUACUUCUUGUGGCCCCUGCAGCACGGCACGUUGCACUUCUGUGGAUUUCAAGUCCUCAACCCUCAGAUCAGCUUCGCUCCCGAGUUCGUGUCUGAAGCGGAAAGGAAAGCCAUGGUGACGUCCUGGGCCCAGCGGCUGCAGAACAUCUGGCAGGAGGAGCCCAUCCAGUGCACGUCCCCCUGGUACUUCGGACAGUGACCCCUGCUGGCCAGCGUGCGCACCACCCCAGCCUGACCUACCAGCUCAAGCACCAACUGCUUGGACUGAACUGUGCCCUGACCAAUCAGCUGUUCCUCUCUACAGCCUGUCUCCCGGUGAUGCUAGUCUUCAGAUGGAUCUGCACGUGUGGAGCUGCACUUGUUUUCUUUGGUUUCAUGACUCAGUUUGAGAGUUUCUGCCUCCCCGCCUCCCCCCCCCC